GGUUGACACUAAGUAGGUAUUAUCAGUAGAGUAAUGCUACAAAGUUUCAUGAACUUCAGUAAGCAGAUGCUAGGUGGAGUCGAAUCAAAUACAGUUUGUUUCUUUUAAUAAAAUAUCGGAAAAGAAGUAAGGAUUUACAAAAUGGGUAAACCUAAAGGUGAGAAAAAAGGCAAAUCAGCCAUCAACGAAGUUGUUACACGAGAAUAUACUGUAAACUUACACAAACGUUUACAUGGUGUUGGAUUCAAAAAGCGUGCCCCUAGAGCCAUCAAAGAAAUCAGAAAGUUCGCAGAAAAACAAAUGGGAACACCUGAUGUCAGAAUAGACACACGUUUAAAUAAACAAUUAUGGACUAAGGGAAUCAGAAAUGUUCCAUUCCGUGUACGAGUACGAUUAUCACGCAGACGUAACGACGACGAAGAUUCCAUUCAUAAACUAUACACUUUAGUAACUUAUGUACCAGUGGCCACAUUCAAAAGUUUACAAACUGAGAAUGUUGACGCGAGUCAAGAAUAAAAAUUGUAUUUUUAAUUAUUAAUAAAAAAUAAUAU